AUGGCUCGUUCGCUCUCCGCAAUCGCGCUCGUCGCCGGCCUACUCGUCCUGCUCGGUACGCCCCUCUCCCUGCUCGGUACGCCCCUCUCCCUGCUCGGUACGCCCCUCUCCCUUCUCGGUACGCCCCUCUCCCUCGCUUCGAAUUCCCUUUCGCCCGCUCCAUUCACUUGUUCCAUCACUUUCAUGCCGUGCCUCUUACUUUGGCUUCAAUCCGCAACUGCGUUGUGCCUCGCUCUUUCCCCCCUUCUCCCCUCCCCAUGGGACAUGUCAUCCUUCGCGCCCUGCCUCUCUCGCAUCUUGUCCGCCAAUCGCAUCGUGGCCUCCCCCUUUCCGCGCCCUGCACUGCGUCCGAUCAUCUGCUCCUCAGCUGCAACUCAGGCUGAGGCGCGCGAAAUCGUGGUGGGCGGCAACAAGGGGUGGGCGUUCGGCGUGAGCGGAUGGAAGCCCACUCCCGCUGCCCGUGCAGGCGAUGUGCUUGGUGCGUGCCCCUCACAUGCGAUGUGCUUGGUGCGUGCCCCUCACAUGCGAUGUGCUCGGUGCGUGCCCCUCACAUGCGAUGUGCUUGGUGCGUGUCCCUCACAUGCGAUGUGCUUGGUGCGUGCCCCUCACAUGCGAUGUGCUUGGUGCGUGCCCCUCACAUGCGAUGUGCUUGGUCCGUGCCCCUCACAUGCGAUGUGCUUGGUGCGUGCCCCUCACAUGCGAUGUGCUUGGUGCGUGCCCCUCACAUGCGCCACCACUGCACUCCUGGCGCCUCCCCUCGCUGAAAUUCCUUCGCUGCUGGUUGCAUACCCCGUGCUCUUGCUGUAUGCAUUGCCUUGA